AGCACCGUAGCAGACCUCAGCACAUCGCAGCUGCACCAUGGAGAAAGCGGAGGAAGACCCAUGGAGUGACCGAGCAGGGGUCAGGGAGGUGUUGCACCGAACGCCAGGCCAUGCAGCACAGGAAGCUGUGCGCUAUAUGGAGUACGUGCCACUGCAGGAGUUUGAAGAAAUCAAAGCUACGGUGAAGCAGGAGGUCCUCCCCAUGCGACGAUACCUCAUGAGCGACUACAAGAUGGAGGGCGCGACCGUGGAGGAAACGCUCGGCACGGAGAUGCCCAAAGCGCAGUUGGAGGCAGUGGUGGCGCCUGAUGCUCCUGGUCCUUCGUCCAAACGUGGACAGAAUGCUGGGAGAUCAGCCUCGCCCAAGCCGGAUGCGGUGCAAGUAUGGCUGGCGGCCAAGGAGCGAGCCCUGCAAUCCCCAAGAAAACCGUUGGUGCUCUCGCCACGCGGCGCACGGCUCGCCGUGCGGGCGGCUGGCCGGAUGAUCACUGAGGAUCGGCAGUGUGAGGAGGUCCACUAUGAAACCAGCCAAAAGUUGCAGGUCAGUCAGGUGAACCCCAUGAGCCUCACCAUGCGGCGGCGCGAGCCUCCUGGCCGUGGUCCUUUCAUCAAAGACAAGGAGAGAGCGCAAUAUCCGGCAUCAGGUCGUGCGAUGCGACCCGUGCGAGAGACCAAUGAGGAAAGUCUCAAGAAGUUGAUCGAAAACUUCGGUGGCACUGCCCGGGUGGACGCGAAAGAGUCUCAUCCUUCACGCUCGGUGUUUAACACCAUUCCCAAGACCAAUCUGAGAGUUCUGUGAAGUUGUGCCAAAGUGCGCCGCUGUUGGGAAUCCGAACGACCGGGGAAGAGGGGGAAGAG